ACACAAAGAGACAAAGAUGAGGUUUUUAUUGAUGUUAUAUGCAUGGUAUGUAGUAGGGUUAUGUUUCUUGGUGAGUAGAGGGGAAUGUGUGAUUCAUAAGUCUUUAUUGAAAGAUGUUGAUAGUGUAAACAAGGUUGGUUCAUAUAUUGGUGUUGUUGUCCCAAAUGGGUUCGAAAUGAAUCCGCUUUUGCAAUCGUCGAGCUUUGUAAUGGAUCAAACGCGUCCCUAUCUUGAUAUUUCUGGAAGAAGGUUUCGUAUAGGAACUCUCGAAAAUCAAAGGGUUAUUAUCGUCAUGACCGGAUUAAGCAUGCUAAACGCGGGCAUUACGACACAAUUGUUGUUGAGCCUAUUCAACGUGAAAGGCGUUCUACAUUUUGGUAUAGCCGGAAAUGCAAAUACUGAGCUUGAAAUCGGAGACGUGGUCAUCCCCAAGUUUUGGGCUCAUACGGGCUUGUGGUCAUGGCAGAGAUAUGGACAAGGGCCCGAAAGCGAGUUACCUCUAGAAUCCAAUGGGGACUACACUAGAGACGUUGGUUACCUAAAGUUCUCGGACUACAACAAUGACACAACCAUAGACAACCUUUUAAAUAACGUUUGGUAUCAACCCGAAGAAGUAUUCCCAAUCAAUACAACUCCGGAAACCAGACAACAUGCAUUUUGGGUACCCGUUGACAAGCACUACUUCACGCUUUCCAAGAAACUCGAGGAUUUGAAGUUGGAGGAGUGUGUAGAUGCUACAACUUGUUUACCAAGGUUACCUAAAGUGGCAAGAGUUGAGAGGGGUGUGAGUGCAAACAUGUUUAUAGACAAUGGGGCUUAUAGAACUUUUUUAAACUCUAAAUUUAAUGUGACCCCUAUUGAUAUGGAGAGUGCUGCAGUUGCCUUAAUUUGCUAUCAACAAAAAAUUCCAUUUAUUGCAAUUAGAGCUCUUUCUGAUUUGGCUGGUGGAGGCUCUUCAAUUUCUAAUGAAGCUUCCACUUUUGCCCCUUUGGCAGCUCAAAAUGCAGUUGCUACAUUGAUUAAAUUUGUGCAACUAUUGCACUCAUAAUGGUGGUUUAUGUAACUUCAUAAUGUUA